AUGCCGCCGGUGCACGCCAUCGGCCAGACACAAAGGCACACCAUCCCAGCUGAGACCUUUGUCCACCCGGAUUUUCUCAUGCCAUUAAAAAGCGCUGUUGUCGCUACGAUGAUGAUAGCCCUCAUGCUCGCUGAGCCCUUGCAUAUCCGCUUGUUGCAGAAACAAUUCGAACCCAUUUCCCGGGAACAGUUGAUUGCUCAGGUGGCUGCCAUCGAACAGGAGAGUGAGGAUGACCCCGAGAUCGCGGCAUUGCCGCGAGAAGUCCGUCAGUUGGUCAGUCUCACAGACAACCCCGAGUUGUCAACCAUCACCUUUCGUUAUUUCGUUUUGUCCGUAAUCUUUGUCGUACCUGGGGCUUUUCUAUCGCAGAUGAGCUACCCAGGCCCCUACUUCGUCCUUCCCACCCCUCGGGUAUCGGUUCCCGGCAUUCAUUGGUCCUUCAGCAUGAACCCAGGACCCUGGAGUAUCAAGGAGUAUAUAUUGAUUACAGUCACCGCUGCCUCGGGUGCUACCUACAAUCUAGGGUACACUCCCAUCGUCCUAGCGGAGCUUUACUACGUGGCAAUCUUUUUCAUGUUUGCCAUCGUUUGGAUCGGAUAUGCAUUUGCUGCCCUAGCACGGCAGUUGCUGCUCUACGAUCCUGGGUAUAUCUGGCCGCAGGCGCUCAUGCAGACGACAUUGCUCGAGACCUUUCGCAGAACAGACAAUUCAUCUUCAUUAGCUCGUCGGCAAAUGAAGAUAUUUAUCUUCUCAUUAUUGGGCAUGAUUCUUUGUCAGUUCCUACCCGAAUAUGUUUUUCCUUUCACCUCAUCGCUUGCCUUUCUCUGCUGGGUUGCACCCCGAAACAAAGUCGCCAAUUUUAUCGGAUCGGGUCUUGGGAGCGUGGACUUUCUCAAUCUGUUGCUGGACUGGUCAAAUAUCAAUUGGAAUGGCUCCUCGAAUAUGUUCACUCCCUUUUGGACGCAGGUCAUUCUGUUCUUGGCCUUUGCCUUCAAUUGCUGGGUCCUGUUGCCAGCUGCCAAAUGGGGCAACUUUGAAUCAUACCACCACGGUCUCAUGUCGAAUAGUCUCCUCACUGCCAAUGGUACUAUUUAUCCUAUACUCGAGGCCUUGACUCCUGAUUCCCAACUAGAUCAAAUCGUAUAUCAGGAGUAUGGACCAAUGUAUAUGGGACUUCAAAAAUUCUGGUCAACCUUUUUCGAUUACGCCAAAUUGCCUGCCGCUAAGCAAUCGCGGACCAGGGGCCAAGGCAUCAACUAUCAAUAUCAUGACCGCCUCAAUGUUCUUCAGUGUCAAUAUCGGGAGGUGCUCUUGUGGUGGUAUUUCAUUCUGUUCCUUGUGGGGUUCGUAGUCCUUGCCGCGGCCAUCGGUUACGGCCAACUCUUUAUCCCGAUCUGGACGCUGUUUGCGGCCCUGAGCAGUGCAGCCGUUUUUGUCAUCCCAUUCGGCUGGCUCUACGCAAUCUCCAACUACCAGAUCUCUACCGGGUCUUUUAACGAAUUAAUGUAUGGAUAUAUGGUCCACACCCCAGCGGGCCAGGCGCAUCAUCACCCGUGUGGGCCCUCCACGUACGGUGCCAUCGCCGGAGACGCAUGGUACCGGGCCCAGUAUAUGUUGCAGGAUCAGAAAUCGAUUUUCGGGACUAUUCUCGGCGUGCCUGUCAACUACGGCGUGAUCCGAUGGAUUAUCAACACAAAGGGCGACUACUUGACCGGUGCGAAGAAGGACCCACUGAAUCGAUGGACUGGACAGAAUAUACAGUCUUCCAACACACUUGGCGUGCAAUAUGCCGUUGUUGGCCCGAAGGCAUUGUUUGCAGAGCGAGAGAUAUCCAUCCUACCAUGGUCAUUUCUGGUGGGCGCAGGGGUUCCUCCGUUGUUGUAUCUCUUGCAUCGUAGCUUUCCGCACCUACGGGUUGAUCUGUGGAAUGUCAGCAUUUUCUUCUCUGGCCUGGCCCUCUUCUAUGGUAAUGUGAGUAUAGGAUACACAUCUGCCAUCAUCGGCGGAUAUGUGGUCAUGUAUCAUUUCUACAGAUGCCAUUUCAAUGUUUGGAGAUGGUUCAAUUUCAAUUUGCUCUUGAUCUUCCUGUUUUUUGGUGCAGGGAAGCAAGUCUUGAUGCCUCAGUGGUGGGGGAACAAUGGUGAUUCUGUGGAAAGGUGUUUUGCCUUGAGUGAUGAUUGAAGUGAGCAGCGUGGUUACCGUGGAGACACAACUAUAAAAUAACUGCUUUUAUUUGUCAGUUUUGACAUGGUGUGUUGUUUUCAUUCUGUGCAAUGCUGUAUAUUCUGAAUUUACUUCAGAGUACUUCGUAGUUUGAAAGAUUAUCUAGAGCACAGUUAGAAUAAGAAGUAUCAUGGCAUGUUUCGAGCAUUGAGUGAACUUAUCUGUAGAUUUAUCAUCAUUUGAC